UUUAGUUUUAUGCUGGGACGCAGUUGGUUUGGACAUUAAACGAAAUUGUUCAAGCUGCCGUCUUAAGGCUAGACAGUUCACUGUAGCAUACUAGGACAUUGUAUAAGUAACACAUAUAUCGACGGUGUUAUGUGCUAUAGUAUUUCAUCCAGUCAUCUGCCUUUUUGAGUGAAGAUUGAAUGAAUCAGCUAGUUAGCUGUGAGUUGGUUCGCUGACGUCCUAUUCUUUGGUCAAGUGGACUCAUUUGACAGCAACGGGUUAGCCAGCUAGCGUCGUUACAACACUUUCGCAUCAGUCUAUCAAGAAAGACCCCACACUGUGCAAAUAACCGCCCCGCAACAGCCUGAGAAGAUGAGCCUGCCUCUAUCCCGAUCCGAAGUUUUUGGGGAGCUCCGGAAAGAGCUGUAUGAUGAUGAGAAAUUCCAUCAGUCGGACGUUCACAUCUUUAUCAUCAUGGGUGCUUCGGGAGAUCUUGCCAAAAAGAAAAUCUACCCAACGCUAUGGUGGUUAUUUAAGGAUGGGCUCCUCCCAGAGCAGACCUACUUUGUGGGCUUCGCUCGGUCCGACCUUACAGUGGACGCCAUUCGGACCGCUUGUCUGCCACACAUGAAGGUGGAGGAGGCUGAAAUAGAACGUAUGGAGGCGUUCUUCAAGCGUAACUCCUACGUGAGUGGCAAGUACAACGAGGACGCCUCUUUCACCAAGCUGCACGAAAGCCUGCUGGCGCUGCCCAGUGGCAGUGAGGCCAACCGGCUCUUCUACCUGGCACUGCCACCCAGUGUCUACCAUGACGUCACCAAGAACAUCAAGAACCACUGCAUGGCCACCAAGGGUUGGAACAGAGUGAUUGUUGAGAAACCCUUUGGUCGAGACCUCCAAAGUUCAGAGGAACUGUCCAAUCAUCUCUCCUCGCUGUUUACAGAAGACCAGAUCUACCGAAUCGACCACUACCUGGGCAAAGAGAUGGUACAGAACCUCAUGGUCCUCAGGUUUGGCAACCGUAUCUUUGGUCCCAUCUGGAACAGAGACAGUGUUGCCAGUGUGGUACUGACCUUCAAAGAGCCUUUUGGCACACAGGGCCGUGGCGGCUAUUUCGACGACUUUGGCAUCAUCCGCGAUGUCAUGCAGAACCACCUUCUCCAGAUGCUUAGUCUGGUUGCCAUGGAGAAGCCCGCCUCCACCAGUUCCGACGACGUUCGAGAUGAAAAGGUGAAAGUGCUGAAGUGCAUCACUCCACUGACCCUGGAAAAUGCUGUGCUGGGGCAGUACGUGGGGGACCCCGAGGGAGAGGGAGACGCAAAGUUGAGCUACCUGGACGAUACCACGGUCCCCAAAGGAUCCACCACCGCUACAUACUGCGCUGCAGUCCUCUACGUCAACAACGAGCGCUGGGAUGGAGUGCCGUUCAUCCUGCGGUGCGGUAAGGCUCUAAACGAGCGCAAGGCGGAGGUGCGGCUGCAGUUUAAGGACGUGCCGGGCGACAUCUUCAGCUCGCAGUGCCGGCGGAACGAGCUGGUGGUGCGCGUGCAACCCAAUGAGGCCAUCUACGCCAAGAUGAUGACCAAGAAGCCCGGCGUCUACUUCAGCCCAGAGGAAACCGAGCUGGACCUCACCUACAGGAGCAGAUAUAAGGAUGUCAAACUGCCUGAUGCAUAUGAGCGUCUGAUCCUGGAUGUCUUCUGUGGGAGUCAGAUGCACUUUGUGCGCAGUGAUGAGCUCAGGGAAGCCUGGAGGAUCUUCACGCCACUUCUUCAUCAAAUAGAAAAAGAGAAGACCCCUCCCAUCAAAUACAAAUAUGGAAGUCGUGGGCCCCCAGAAGCUGAUGAGCUCCUGAAGAGGGUUGGUUUCUACUAUGCUGGAACAUACAAAUGGGUCGAGCCCAACAAACUGUGAACGUACCCUAGUAUCCACAUCUACAGAAAGUCAACAGUGAAUGAACAAGGAAAGCAAAAUGGGGGCGGGGAAGAUGACAAGUGUCUUAGAGAAUCACAAACGUCUGUAUAAUCAAGUCAAGUUUUUAUCUCUGAAAUGAGAGGAGAACUUCUUCCAAAAAGUGGAUUUGGAAGAAGCUGUGGGCUUGCCACUCUUCCCACUGCUUUCUCUGAAUAGAGAUAUGGUACUACUGAUCAACGUCAUUCAACUCAGUUUUUUAAGUACACAAGACUGAAACUUAAUACGACUGCUUAUAUAUAGAUCAUCAUAAUUAUAUUUCAGUGCUAUUUUACAUCGUUCAUAUCUUAUUCUACUUAAACAUUACAGGGAAGGGUAUCAUUUAUUGUAUUUUUUAUGGUUUUGAGGGUUUGUUUGUAUUAUGAGCGUGACUUCAGACAGAUGAUAUUACCUGACCAUCCAGCAGCAGACAUGGGGAGCUGGGGGCCAUUUGUUUUCCACGGAUGACUGUUUAUGCCAGUGCAGCAUAUUGUCACAGCAGGGUAUGUUGUGUCUGUGUCCAACACUCUGUCCUAGCAUAGCGGAAAAAUCAGGCCCCAGGCAGAUCUGAACACACACACACACACACACACACACACACACACACACACACACACACACACACACACACACACACACACACACACACACACACACACACACACACACACACACACAGGCCUUCAAAUUGAUUCCGUUUUUCCUGGUGUUACAUUUACUGUAAGGAAAUUGUUUAUGCAGCUGGCUUCCAGUUAAGCAUUCCGUCUACAUUUAUGUGCAGUAAAAAGUAACUUCAUCUGGUGGUAUAAAGAUCAAAGGAUAUUUUUUUUGCAUUCGGGUCAUUAUGAAAAACUUGGAAAACAAACUCACAUACAGACCCUGAGAUACACUAAUAUACGUGUAAUCUUAAAACUUUCAUAGCCUUUCUGUCACUUGAAGGUACUGUAUAGCAGGUUAAGCAGAUAUGUAGCUAACUAAGCCUCUGUUGAAGGCUUUUGAGUGAAAGUCCUUGCGUUUACAUUUUUUUGUUUCCAAGGGAGAAGGAGGGAUCAUCAGAUUGUGAUAAAAUGAUUGUGUGUGUGUGUGUGUGUGUGUGAGAGGGAGGGAGGGAGAGAGAGAGAGAGAGAGAGAGAGAGAGAGAGAGAGAGAGAGAGAGAGAGAGAGAGAGAUCAGGAAUUAGAUAGAGAAGGAAUAUGGCAUGGUUAAGAACACAAUGUCUGGUGUCAGCUUGUGAACUUGUUACACAUCUUUACUUCGCUCAAUAGAAACUCUUACUCUGACCAAGGAAGCAGUUGCACUUAUACCAUGGUGGACCACAUCACAAACUGUCAGUGCGUCUGUCUGUUGCGAAGUAGGCUGUCUGGUACUUGUUAUUUCCACUAACAUUAAACAGCUCAUUUUCACACUUAUCGCAGUCAUUCUGCAAGGUGGGACCUUUCAAAGUGUAAGAACAGUUUACUCUCUUAAUAGUCUAAGAUGGAAUGUGUUCCUCAAAAUGACAAAGAACUGUACUCAUGUGUGUAGUACUGGUGCAAUGAGGAUCAAGAGGAAAUUGCAUUGCAGGUAAAAUUGGGGAGUUGGUGAUGAUGGUGGAUAAUGUGGUGAACUUUUAACUGCACUUUUCAGGUUGAGGUCUCUUAAUCAUUUUGACAUUUGUGUUUUGCUUUUUCUGGUAUUAUUAUGAAUUUCUCUUAGAUAUUGAGAUCUGUCAGCAAUUCAACCAUUAUUCUGAAAAAGUUUGUGCUCAUAUUUUUUGUAUAACAAUUUGAACAUAUUUUUUCUCAUUAAAUUAAAUAGUUGUGUGUG